GCAGUGCGUCAUAAACGUUGCAAGGAGAUGUUACAUAAAGAUUUGAUGCAGCGAAUCGCGUUUUUCAGAAAGAAAAAUUGUCAUUAAUCAAAUAAACUCAUUCGCAUUAUUAUACAAUUUGACAGUUGUCAUUAAUCAAAUAAACUCAUUCGCAUUGUUAUCAUACAAUUUGACAAACAGUAUAAAUUCUAUUAAGAAUUUAAUAAAUAAAUAGAGACAAUAAAUGAGAUAAAUUAAAAUUGUGUUUGUAAAGUGACAGAGAAACUUAUAGAAAAUACGACCUUUAAGUGUGAUGUCUCUCAUAAAGUGUAUUACUCUCGAAGAAGAACUAAAGAAAAACCCAGAACUUAAGUUGUCAGAUAUACAAAUUCUAAGGGAUUGGUGUGAGAAACAACCGCAUCUGCCGAAAAUCCAGGACGUGGAGCUCGCCAUAUUUCUACACAGUAAUUAUUAUCAUAUAGAGCCGACGAAGAGCACAAUCGAGAAUUACUACACUUAUAGAACUCACAUACCGGAACUAUUCUCCAACAGAGAUAUACGGAAAGUGAAACGACUGCGAGAUGCUUUUAAAGUCGCGGCCAUACUUCCACUAAAACUUACGACAAAGGAAGGAUAUAUCAUAGUGAUGUCACGACUUAUCGAUAUGGAUCCAUCGCAUUUCUUCUACAAUGAAUCGACAAAUGCUGCUUUCAUGAUAUUCGAUGAAUUUCUUUGGACUUGUGGAUCAGUAUUAGGAAAUAUCUAUGUCGGUGAUGCCACGGGCUUCACAAUGGCACAUGUGGGACGUAUAAACUUAGCAUUAAUGAAAAAAUUUAUAUACUACGUUGAAAAUGCCAUGCCAAUACGCCUGAAGCAGAUCCACAUAAUAAAUACAACGCCAGUUAUGGAAGUAUUGUACAACAUAAUAAAACCUUUCGUAAGCGAGGAACUGAAAAAUCUGAUACACUUUCACACGUCAUUGGAAAGUGCAAAAAAGUACUUUCCGAUAGAAGCAUUACCAAAUGAACUUGGUGGAAAAGCAGGUCCUAUACAAGAAUUAAUGGACAUACAAUUAAAGAAGAUAGAGAACUUUUGCGAAUGGUUCGUGGAGGACGAAAAGAACAAUCGGGUAAACGAGUCGCUGCGAAUCGGCAACAGCAAAACAUCUAGUGAUCUGUUCGGCGUGGACGGUAGUUUCAAAACGAUAGAAUUUGACUUUCACAUCCACUCGACAUUAGAAACCGUGAGCGAAUAUCUCCCGAUCGAAGCGUUACCUAAUGAACUUGGUGGAAAAGCAGGUGCCAUACGAGAAUUACAAGAUGUACAUUUAAAAAAGAUGGAGAACUUACGUGAAUUUUUUUUGGAGGACGAGAAGUGUAAACGGGUAAACGAAUCGCUGCGGAUCGGAAAAUGCAAGACAUCUAGUGAUCUGUUUGGUGUAGACGUGAUGUCUUCCAUAAAGUGUAUUACUCUCGAAGGAGAACUAAAGAAAAAUUCAGAACUAAAGUUGUCAGAUAUACAAAUUCUGAGAGAAUGGUGUGAAAAACAACCUCAUCUGCCGAAAAUCGAAGACGUAGAGCUUGCCAUAUUUCUAUACCUUAGUUACUAUCACAUAGAGUCGGCGAAGAAUACGAUCGAGAAUUAUUACACUUAUAGAACUCACGCGCCGGAAUUAUUCUCUAACAGAGACAUAUUGAAAGUGAAACGACUGCGAGAUAGUUUUCAAGUCAUGCCCCACAUUGUACUGGAGAGUACAACAAAGGAAGGAUAUAAUAUAAUAUUAGGACAAUUUAUCGAUGCGAAUCCUUCGCAUUUUUUUCACAAUGAAUCUUUAAGUGCGCUUUUAAUGACGUACGACGAAUUUCUAUGGACUCGCGGUUCGAUAGUGGGACUUGUCUAUAUGUGCAAUGCUGCGGACUUCACAAUAGGACAUGUGGGACGUUUUAACUUAACAUCACUAAAGAAAGUUGUAUACUAUCUUCAAGGUGUCAUAUUAAUGCGCAUUAAGGCAGUUCACCUAAUAAAUAUGUCACCAGCUGCCGUAAUAUUAUACAACAUGAUUAAACCUUUCUUCAGUGAUAAAUUGAUAAAUCUGAUACAUAUCCACUCGACAUUGGAAAGCGUAAACGAAUAUCUUCCGAUCGAAGCGUUACCUGAUGAAUUUGGUGGAAAAGCAGGUACCAUACGGGAAUUAACGAAUGCGCAAUUAAAAAAGCUUGAGAACUUUCACGAAUGGUUUUUGGAGGACGAGAAGUAUAAACGGGUAGACGAGUCGCUGCGGAUCGGCAAAAGCAAAACAUCUAGUGAUCUGUUUGGUGUAGACGGUAGUUUCAAAAAGUUAGAUUUUGACUGA